CGGCGGCGAGGAGCUGGAGGAGGGGCAUGGAGCCGCCGCGGGCCUGCUGAGCACCGGAGCGCGGGCAGCCGGCGGCACGAUGCCGGUGCAGCUGACGACAGCCCUGCGUGUGGUGGGCACCAGCCUGUUUGCCCUGGCGGUGCUGGGUGGCAUCCUGGCAGCUUACGUGACAGGCUACCAGUUCAUUCACACAGAAAAGCACUACCUGUCCUUUGGCCUGUACGGGGCCAUCCUGGGCCUGCACCUGCUCAUCCAGAGCCUGUUUGCCUUCCUGGAGCACCGGCGGAUGCGGCAGGCAGGCUGGCCGCUCAAAGUCCCCGCUGCCCCGUCGCGGCGCUCGGUGGCACUCUGCAUUGCUGCCUACCAGGAGGACCCCGACUAUCUGCGCAAGUGCCUGCGCUCAGCCCAGCGCAUCGCAUUCCCUGACCUCAAGGUGGUCAUGGUGGUGGAUGGCAAUCGCCAGGAGGACGCCUACAUGCUGGAUAUCUUCCACGAGGUGCUAGGCGGCACUGAGCAAGCUGGCUUCUUUGUGUGGCGCAGCAACUUCCAUGAGGCGGGGGAGGGGGAGACGGAGGCCAGCCUGCAGGAGGGCAUGGACCGCGUGCGGGAUGUGGUGCGAACCAGCACCUUUUCGUGCAUCAUGCAGAAAUGGGGAGGCAAGCGAGAGGUCAUGUACACGGCUUUCAAGGCUCUUGGCGAUUCAGUGGACUACAUCCAGGUGUGUGACUCUGACACUGUGCUGGAUCCAGCCUGCACCAUCGAAAUGCUUCGAGUCCUGGAGGAAGACCCCCAAGUAGGGGGAGUUGGAGGAGAUGUCCAAAUCCUCAACAAGUAUGACUCGUGGAUCUCCUUCCUGAGCAGUGUGCGGUACUGGAUGGCCUUCAAUGUGGAGCGGGCCUGUCAGUCCUACUUUGGCUGUGUGCAGUGCAUCAGUGGGCCUUUGGGCAUGUACCGCAACAGCCUCCUCCAGCAAUUCCUGGAGGACUGGUACCAUCAGAAGUUCCUAGGCAGCAAGUGCAGCUUUGGAGAUGACCGCCACCUCACCAACCGGGUCCUGAGCCUCGGCUACCGGACUAAGUAUACAGCACGCUCCAAGUGCCUCACAGAGACCCCCACCAAGUACCUCCGGUGGCUCAACCAGCAGACGCGCUGGAGCAAGUCUUACUUCCGGGAGUGGCUCUACAACUCUCUCUGGUUCCAUAAGCACCACCUCUGGAUGACCUACGAAUCGGUGGUCACAGGUUUCUUCCCCUUCUUCCUCAUUGCCACGGUCAUACAGCUUUUCUACCGAGGCCGCAUCUGGAAUAUUCUCCUCUUCCUGCUGACAGUGCAGCUGGUGGGCAUUAUCAAAGCUACCUAUGCCUGCUUCCUUCGGGGCAAUGCAGAAAUGAUCUUCAUGUCCCUCUAUUCUCUUCUCUAUAUGUCCAGCCUCCUGCCAGCCAAGAUCUUUGCCAUUGCUACCAUCAACAAGUCUGGCUGGGGCACUUCUGGCCGAAAAACCAUCGUGGUGAACUUCAUUGGCCUCAUCCCUGUGUCCAUCUGGGUAGCGGUCCUUCUAGGGGGGCUGGCCUACACAGCUUAUUGCCAGGAUCUGUUCAGUGAGACGGAGCUAGCCUUCCUGGUUUCUGGGGCCAUCCUGUACGGCUGCUACUGGGUGGCCCUCCUCAUGCUGUAUCUGGCCAUAAUCGCCCGGCGAUGUGGGAAGAAGCCAGAGCAGUACAGCUUAGCUUUUGCUGAGGUGUGACACAGCCCCCCAAGCAGAGUGGGACAAGUGCAAUGGGUAAGGGAGGGAAGGGGAAUGGAAGA